AUGUUACGUGCAAACUUCAGAGCUCCUGUUCGCUCCUUGUACACUUCUGUGUUGGAAUCUGAUAUCAACAUCUCCCGUAACGGAAAGGUCCAUGUGGCCAGCGGUCCUGGUGGCCGUUCCUCAAGAACCGGUUACACCGCUACUGUGUUUGGUGCUUCUGGUUUCUUGGGUCGUUACCUUACUUCCAAAUUGGCCAGACACGGCACUACCACUGUUGUUCCUUAUAGAGAUGAUAUGAAGAAGAGAUUUUUGAAAGUUACCGGUGACUUGGGUGUGGUUAACUUUGUGGAAUUUGACGGUAGAAACUUGCAAUCCAUCGCCGAAUCUGUCCAGCACUCCGACAUUGUUUUCAACUGUAUUGGUGCUGACUACAACACCAAGAACUUCUCCAUGGCUGACGUCAACAUUGAGCUUACCCUGCGUAUCACGCAAGCUGUGAAGGACGCUGGUAACCCAAGAUACGUCUACGUUUCUUCAUACAACGCCAACCCAGCCUCUGAUUCCGUUUACUACGCUACUAAAGGUAUUGCUGAGCAAGUUGUUAGAGACAUCUUGCCUGACUCUACCAUCGUUAGACCAGCUCCAAUGUACGGUCGUGAAGACAACUUGUUGAACUACUUGGGUCCAAAGUUGAAGAUGUGGACUCCAAACAAAAACGCUAAGGAAAUUUACCCUGUUCAUGUUAUUGAUGUUGCCCAUGGUCUUGAGAGAAUCGGUUUCGAUGACUCCACCGUUGGCCAGACCUUCGAAUUGUACGGUCUGGAAAAAUUGUCUUUCAGAGAAAUCAGAGAGAUGGUGCACGGUAUCACUCAAGAUUUCUCCCAGGUCGGUCCCUUCUCAUACAGCUUUGCUGACUACCAGAUCCCAUUGGCUGUUGCCAGGGCUGUUGCUCAGUUGAAGCAAUACGUCUACUGGAAGCAGACCAACCCCGACCAGGUGCAAAGACACUUGAUCAACCAAGUCAUCGACCCUAACGCUAAGACGUUUGCUGACUUGGGUAUCGACAAGACCGAUCAGUUGGCUGAUGUUAUUUUCUCUUAUGUGAAACACUGGAGACAUCCAUUGAUCGCUCAACAGGGUGCCCCAUCCAAGAAGGAGACCAGCAGAUUGCGUGAAAUGGAACACUUCACCUAA